AUGAAUAACCUUGUAGAUUUCUUCAUGUUUACUCUCUUUGUUUCUCUUUCUCAAGAAAUUGAGCUCGACUUUUGUGUAGGAGAUACUACUCUUCCAAGGGGACCUAAAGAGUUCUCUUGUAAUAAGGAUUAUUCUAAUGUCACCGCCCAUGAUUUCAUCUUCACUGGCUUUCGUCAUGAAAGUUUCACCGCAAAUCUAUUUAGAAGCAACGUUACUUUAGGAUUUGUGGAUAAUUUCCCAGAUUUUAAUGGUUUAGAUAAUUCCAUGGCAAGGUUAGACUUUGCUGUUGGUGGAGUUAUACCAGUACACUCCACAUCAGAGGUUAUAAUUCUGACUAGGGGAUCAAUAAUCGUCGGAUUCAUUGAUGCAAGCAAUAAUGCAUUUUACAAAAGGCUCGAGGAUGGAGACGUUAUGAUCUUUCCACAAACCAUGCUUCAUUUUCAAAUCAACGUUGGUAGAACCCCAUCUACUGCAAUUGUUAGCUUAAAUGGUGCAAACCCAGUUGUCCAAUUCGCUACCACCUCCUUGUAG